AUGGGGAUGGCAUCAUCCUGGGCCAUCUGGAUAGCCUCAGUGAUAACUUGGGUUGCCUCAGAGACAUCAUCAGUUGAAGAGAUGGAGAGGGAGUCAGGGAGACAAGUGUCCAGGGAGGGGGAGGAGGAGGAAGGGGAGGAGCCAGGUCAGGCCAGCCAGCCAGUUAAGAUUCUCUCACGAUCUGAUCUGGAGAAGAACAUGGAGAAAAACAAGAAUAAGCUGAUUCUCCUCCACAUCUAUUCACACACAAAGAAAGGGGAAGUGGAGAAUAUGGAGAGGAGAAUUGUUGAGAAAAUCAGUCAUGCAAUAUUCCUGGAUGCUGAUUUGGAUGAAGAUUGGACAAUGGACUUCUUCUGGACAAAAGAAGGCAAAAAAAGGAGCAAAUACUUCCUUGUCGUGUUUUCACCAACCAAAGUGGAUUUUGAUGCCAUUCAUAGUCUUUUUUCCCAAUGGGGUAUAACCCCAUUGGGGUAUACCCAAAUGGGUCCUUCUGGACCCAUUUGGGGUGUACCCGAAUGGGUACACCAUACGGUGGUAUAUGGUAUCAGAGUGAAGUGAUCACAAAGUGAAAGUGUGAAAAACAUUGCCUGGAAAUGGAAAUGUUCGUAUUUGGAUUUUUUAUUUAAUCCAUUGGGGAAAAAAUUCAAAAAGUAUUUAAGACAUUAAUUUAUUAACUACAAGAUACAAAGAGGAAAAGAUACAAAAAUCAUUGUAGAUACAAAAAAUCAUGAAGGUUAAUAAAUAGACUUCCACAAUCAGGC